AUAAUCCAGCAGGUGGCAGCUUCGCGGUACUGCCCAGCAAGACGGCUACAAAAAUCAGCGUUUGGUUCACAUUUCACCCCUACUUGGAGAACUUACUCUUAUUCAAUGGCAUCAUGGCAUGUAUGCCACAGGCGGCGGCGCUGCCAAUCCGGCGUUGUGCAGCUCGAUGGUGUUGGCUCCGUUGUCGUAUGUCUGGGUCUCUUCGUUGUCCCGUGUGCUCGCUAUUCGUCCUGGGUGUUCCGUGAUCGUCUGUUUCGAACAUGACGACGGAUGCGGCCCAUCAUGACGACCAUGAGGAUGAACAAGAGGAUGGCGACGGGAACGCCGAUGAUGAAAGAGAAGGCGAGCCCGGCGGAGAUGAGGUCAUUGGUGGCGCGACUGAGCGACAUUUUGGAGUUCUGGAAGUGGCGAUAGGUUCUGAGUUUGGUAGUCGAAAGUGUUGAGCUUCGUUUGGUCGAGGUAAGCAGUCGAAAACGUUGAGGUAAGUGGACGUGAUGGAGUCGAGGAAGAAG